AGAUAUAGCUAAGGUUAACCAACGCCAUUGAUUUCAGAACCGGAAGUCACAAACGGGCUCCUGUAGACACUUCCACUCUGAAGAAAAAACGCUUCUCCUCCAUCCUGGUAUUUGACUUCAUCCUGGUCACUGCGAAGUCCCCGUACCCAAAACAGGAAACUGAGUAUGAACACAGGAGAUGUCCCAGCCACUGUGCUCCUUGAAUCCGUCAAUUCUGUCACAUUCACUCAAGACACUGAUGGAAACAUAAUCCUUCACUGUCCUCAAAAUGAUGAGGACUCGGGUCAAGAUGAAACCACCGAACCGGUUCACAAACGACUGCGAUUGUCCAGCGACAAUGUUGAAGGCGCUCAUGAUUCUACCUCAGCAGAGUACUCUGUUGUCACUUUGCCUAUUACCCAAGGCGAUGAAAGUUUUGAGGUGACAAUGACUGCGACAGAGAUGAGAGAAAGAGAGCUGGAAUCAGAUGAUUUGCCUCAAAUACAGGAUAAAGAUUCUUCUGCCCUUAAGAAAUCUGAAGAUGUGUCUGCCGUCAGUCAAGCCUGGUUCACUACGAAAGAAGAUAAAGACACAUUGGUUAACAAGGGUCACAAAUGGAAACAGGGUAUGUGGUCAAAAGAGGAGAUUGAUAUCCUGAUGAGUAACAUAGAUCAAUACUUAAAGAACCGGGGGAUACAGGACCCUGCGGAGAUCAUCUUUGAGAUGCCAAAAGAAGAGAGAAAAGAUUUUUAUCGCAGUAUAGCGUGGGGUUUGAACAGACCACUGUUCGCAGUAUACAGACGGGUACUUCGGAUGUACGAUAACCGAAACCACGUAGGCAAAUAUACGGAUGAAGAGAUCAAUAGACUAAAAGAGCUGAGAGAGAGACACGGGAACGACUGGGCCACCAUAGGGGCGGCACUCGGUCGCAGUGCAUCCUCCGUGAAGGACCGAUGUCGACUCAUGAAGGACACGUGCAACACUGGAAAAUGGACAGAAGAAGAGGAGAGAAAAUUGGCAGAGGUGGUCCAUGAGUUGACUGGCACAGAGGCGGGCGAUGCCGUUACUCAAGGCGUCUCCUGGGCGACAGUGGCAGAAAUAGUUGGCAGUCGCUCCGAGAAACAGUGCCGUUCCAAGUGGCUCAACUACCUAAACUGGAAACAGAGCGGGGGAACAGAAUGGACGAAAGAAGAUGAUAUCAACCUUGUUCGCAGAAUAGCAGAGCUGGAGAUGGAUGAUGAGAACGACAUUAACUGGGAUACUCUGGCUGGUGGGUGGAGCAGUGUGCGCUCACCUCAGUGGCUGCGGAGCAAAUGGUGGACCAUCAAAAGACAAGUAACCAAUCACAAGGAGCUUCCAUUUCCUGUCUUGUUAAAAGCACUGCAGGAUGUUGCUGAAGCACCACCGUCUACGAAGGUCGUGGUGGUCGGUUCUCCGUCGGCUAAUGCGUCACCCAGCCCGGUUACUGCGCUUCAGAUUCCGGUUCAGAUUCCAGUGCAGAUCACGCAUGUCUCUUCCUCAGAUGGUGUGAGUAGUACUUCAGACAGUGAAACAAUCACAUUGAAUUCUGGAGCUUUACAAACGUUUGAAUUAUUGCCUUCAUUUCACCUGCAGCCCACUGGCACCCCUGGAACUUAUUUCCUCCAAACAGGAACCAAUCAGAGCCUCCCACUCACACUUUCAGCCAAUCCCACGGUCACUCUUACAGCUGCAACCUCACCAUCUUCGCCGGAUCAGAUUAUUUUACACAGCCUCACAGGUGACACUGAAAAUGUGACGGUUCAGAUGUCUCAUCCGGGCAUCAUCAUCCAGACGGUGAGCCCAGAAGACCUCUCUGAGUUGGAAGGAGAACAGGAGAUUGUAAAGGAUCAACAGUCACCUGAAGACCAAAACAUUGAAGAAGAGGAAAAUAGAGAAGAAAGUUUAAAGGAUGUACAGGAAGAAGAAAAGACAAACUCCGGUAAAGUAGAGGAAUCGGAGAGUCCUGGGAUAGGUGUCGGUACCGUGCUUAUGGUUUCGUCUCCAGGCAGCUUCAUUCCUACAAAUGAAGAUAUUGGCACAGAUUCUGUCCUGCCCCUUGGAACACUGACAGAUCCCAUUUUGGAGAACCAGGAAGAGGGAUCAGACUGAAGAUUCACUCCUAGCGUCUAACAUCAAUUAUUUAUUUAGACCCUACCCAGACUUUUGAAGGACAAAUCAAACACUGAAUACUCUACACAGAGGUUACUCAUAGAUUUAUAAUACACGUGUUGAGUAAAGUGUUGUUACCUGGUUCCAUUAAAGUGGUGGGUUUGAAUUGAGGGGCAAAUGACAUUUUGUGGGUUGAAAUGCAGCAUGCAGGAUCAUGACUAUGAAACAUGCUUGCAUCAAAACAGUAUUUAUUAAACAUUCGUUUUUUUGAGCCUCAUCCGUGUUUGUACAGAAACAAGUACCACUUGCUUGAAUAAGAAUUUUAAAAAUAUGAUAUACCUUUGUUGUUACAAUGUAUUACGUGUGUGUAUUUCUUGAUUUGACUAGUUUUUAUAGCCUACUAACCAUUAACUAUGUAAAGCUGCACUGUUAUAAUAGUGUAGUCUGCUUCAUUCCAAAUGACCAUUAGACUAGAUGGCCAUCAAAGGAUUUAAAUAUUUACUUAACCUGUAUGUUAGUGCCUCUGUGUUUAUUUAUUUAUUGAAUAAACAAAACAUUGUCACCA